GUCCACCAGCGAGCGGCAAGGAUAACUCCAAAACGUUUUGAGCGUUAGGGAAUAUACAAACGUAUAUUUUAAAUGUGUUGAUACUUUCGCGGAAUAUCGUUUGUACUUGCGUCUGUCAAAGCACGUUUAUUCUCGUCAUACUCUCACUAUCCAGGGUGCAUUCGUUGGCACGCGGUUAAUUUGGCUGAGUAUGAACUCGUGCGUGAACUGUCUUGUGCCAAAAGUGCCAAAAAGCGUGCCGGGGAUCUCCUCUCCCUCAGCGUGAAACACCUUUGAAUACAGGGCAGAAGACUUCACUGCGCUGCAGGCUGGUGUGCACCAUGGAUGCAGGAAUGGAGGCUGGAGGGGUGAGCACCAGCCCCGGACGACCCGGUCCGCUCCGGGUCUGGACCAGGCUGCUCGCGCUGCUUCUGCUGGCCCUUCUGACGGACAGCGCCAAGCAGAGCAUUGCCAGGGUCACGCUCGGGUACAAAGAACUGGUUCAGUCUGGAACUGUGGCUCCCUUCCGUGAGGGGCUGCACUCCCACACCCUGCUGCUGGACGAGGAGAGGGGCCGACUGCUGCUGGGGGCCAGGGACCACAUCUUCAUGCUGGACCUGGAGCAGCUCAACAGGAGCCCAAAGAAGAUCAGCUGGCCUGCAUCGAAAGAGAGAGUGGAAACAUGUAUUUUCGCUGGGAAAAAUCCCCAAACGGAGUGCUCCAAUUUUAUCCGGGUGCUCCACAGCUACAACCGCACACACGUGUAUGCCUGUGGGACUGGGGCCUUCCUCCCGGUGUGUGGUUUUGUGGAGAUCGGUGGACGUGGAGAGGAUGCCACGUUCCAUCUCCAUCCACACAGCGUUGAGCCUGGGAGACUCAAGUGCCCCUUUGAUCCCUGGCAGCCCUUUGCCUCAGUUCUAACAGAUCAGUAUCUGUACGCCGGAACGGCGUCUGACUUCCUCGGAAGGGACACGACGUUCACCCGCUCCCUCGGCCCUCCGCACGAUCAGCAUUACAUCAGGACGGACAUAUCGGAGCAUUAUUGGAUCAACGAAGCCAAGUUUAUAGCAACCCAUCCCAUACCUGACACCUACAACCCUGACGAUGACAAGAUUUACUUCUUCUUCCGCGAGGCGUCGCGGGACGGAGGCUCUGGCGAUAAAAACGUCCUGUCCCGAGUGGCUCGCGUCUGCAGGAAUGAUAUGGGAGGACUGAGGAGUCUGAUCAACAAAUGGACCACAUUCCUCAAGGCCAGGCUGGUCUGCUCCAUCCCAGGGCCCGAUGGUGUGGAUACCCACUUCGACGAGCUGCAGGACAUCUUUCUGCUCCCUACCAGAGAUGAGAGAAACCCAACUGUCUAUGGCGUUUUCACCACCACAAGUUCUGUGUUCAAGGGCUCAGCGGUGUGUAUGUACAACAUGGCUGACAUCAGAGCCACGUUCAACGGGCCAUAUGCUCACAAAGAGGGACCAGACCACCGCUGGGUGGAGUACGAGGGCCGGAUACCAUACCCGAGACCUGGGACUUGUCCAAGCAAAACAUAUGACCCACGGUUCAAGACAACCAAAGACUUUCCUGACGAAGUGAUCAGCUUCAUUAAGAGCCACCCCCUGAUGUACAACGCUGUGUACCCGGUCACCGGCGCGCCCGUGUUCACCCGGGUUAACGUGGACUACAGGCUGACUCAAAUAGCUGUGGACCGUGUGGUGGCUGAGGAUGGACAGUACGCUGUCAUGUUUCUGGGGACAGAUGUGGGGUCGGUUCUGAAGGUGGUGAGCAUCACGAAGGAGAACUGGGCCACGGAGGAGGUGGUGCUGGAGGACCUGCAGGUGCUCCAGGUCCCUUCACCAAUUGUGAAUAUGGAAAUUUCCUCAAAACAGCAGCUGCUGUACGUGGGCUCCAGGGACGGGCUGGCCCAGGUGUCCCUGCACCGCUGUCACAUCCACGGGAAGGCAUGCGCAGAGUGCUGCCUCGCCCGGGACCCGUACUGUGCCUGGGACGGCCAGUCCUGCUCCAGAUAUGUCCCGGCCUCCAAGAGGAGAGCCAGGAGACAGGAUAUAAAACACGGCGAUCCCUCGAGCCAGUGCUGGGACAUCGAGGACUCUGCCGGUAUGGAGCAGGCUGAAGAGAGGCUGAUGUUCGGAGUGGAGCACAACUCCACGUUUCUGGAGUGCGUCCCUAAGUCCCAGCAGGCUCUGAUCCGCUGGUUCCUGCAGAGGCCUGGAUCCGAUCACCGGGAGGAGGUGAAGCCCGACGAGCGGGUGAUCCGGACGGAUUUGGGGCUGCUGAUCCGGGCUCUGCAGCAGAGGGACGCGGGGGCGUAUUUCUGCAUGGCCCAGGAGCACUCCUUCACCCACCCCCUGCUGAAGGUCACGCUCCGGGUCAUCGACCCGGGCCACCUGGAGCCCCGCACGGGCCGCACCGAGGACCUGGCCUCCGAGGCCCGCCACCGCUACAAGGACUACCUGCGCCUGAUGGGCGGGCCGGCCCUCAGCAUGGACCAGUACUGCGAGACGCUGUGGUUCCGCGACAGGAAGCAGAAGGCCAAGAACCGCCUGGGGCCGGGGAAGUGGAAACAUAUGCAGGAGAUGAGGAAGAGCAGGAACAGGAGGCACCACCUCCAGCCUGGGGCCCGCGGAGGGGCCACGGAGGGGCCGCACUGAGACGGGGGGCCAUAGCACAGACAGGGCCACCUGGACUGUGAGAGACAAGCCAAACUGCCAGACUGUACUCUGAGCACAGAGCGGCUGGGGUAUAACCAGACGAAAAAUGCAUUCAUUUCAGAUAUUAUGUGUAAAUAGGCCAAUUACCUUGUACAGUUGAGCAUGCGUGCUUUAGUUUUGAUUUAUAAUAUUUGAGAAUCAAAUCACUGUAACCAAACAUAGUGGUUGUACCAAGGAAGAUGGCAUAUUUUUUUUGUAUAAAGCUGAUGUUUUGUAGGUUGGUAAGUCAUUUCUAGCGUGUCAUUAGCCAAAAUACUAUUUUUAUUUAUACAGAGGUUUUAGAUCCUCAUAGCUUUUAUUUCAUGUUUUAGAAUGUAUGAUGUUUUUUUUAGAAUAUUCAUAUUUUAUUAACAUAUCCAGAAAAAAUAAUCUUAUUCCACCAGUUCAUUUAAUAUAAACCAUACGUAUAGGCUCUUCCCUGAUCAAAACUGAUUGAAUCCAAAUUCCUACAAGCGAGAUUACGGUUUCAGAAAAUAGCCUGACCUUUAUUGCUCAAGGUUAUACUAGCGCACGGAGAACAGUAAAUGGGAAAUCAAGCCGUUUUUGAUGAUCCACUGAUGGAAGAAAAGCUGGAAGCUAAUAUGGUCACUGUGGACAGCUGAGCUCAAAAAUCACACCACUAUGUGAUUGGUCUGGAGUGAGUGAGAGAGCAUUCUUCUGAUGAAAUGCCUCUGAACCCUAUUUGUAUAGUGUGUGUGUGUGUGUGUGUGUGUGAGUGAGCUUGUGUGUGUCUGUCUGUGUUUGCAGGGGUAGACUAUGUUCCUCACUCUUUGUAAAUGCAUCCAUCUGACACAAAUUCAUAUUGUCGAAUUUUAGAACAUUUCACAGCCUUCCCUUCAUGUAAACAGCACUUGCUGCUGUAUGCAUUCCGUGAGUGUAUGUAUAACCAAGAUCUCAUUUUCCAACUCAAUAAAAACGCGAAUCAACCCAA